CAUUUUGAUAAGUUUGGUCUCUCUAAUUCUUGGAUAACGGUAUUCGAACGCUUAUACGGUCUCUCAGAAAGGAGGAAAUUCUAUUUAAGCCAGCGCCAAGUCGGUUGUAUCGCUUUGCGCUUCCUGCUUUCCGGCUGACGCGAAAACCAGGAGAAAGUAUUACGCAGAAAUAUACUGGAUUUUGGAGACAAACAUAUACACAGAAAUAUGUAAAAAUAUACAUACAUAUAUAUAUUAUGAUGUAUUUUUGAGGAAGGCACGCCAUUCGCGGUCACACUGGCAAGCAGAGCGGUCGACUGCGCAGCAGGAAAAACAACAAAAAAACUCAAUAAUAAAUAAAUAAACUACGGAAACUAGUAAAUAAAUAAAUGAAAAAAUUACAAUAAUAGAAAGAGACAAGGACCGCACACACACACUGGAGGGAAGAGGAGAGAUAGCGAGAGAAAGCUGCCCCAAAAGUAUGCAACAAAAGGCUGCAAAAAUGUGAAUAACAGUACUUCUACUACUACCAACCAUCAGCAACAACAAAAACAGCAGCGGCAGCAUCAUCAUCAUCACACACACACGCACGCAACUUGUUGUUUUUUUUUUUUUUUGCUUAUAUAAGUGUGUGUGUGCUGGCUAGCUGGCUGGCUGGAUGUGUGUGUGUGCGUAGUAGUAAAAUGUAGUAAUAGUAGUAGUAGUUUUGAAAUGCAACAACUAAGAAAUAAGACAACGAAUCUAAAGGACAUUUUUUGAUACCAAACUUUUGUUAACACGAAGAACCGAAAAAACACAAAAACAAAAAAAGGAAGAAAGGAAGCAGCUGGCCAAAAAAAAAUAUUUGAAAACUAAAGAAAAGGAAAAGCGACAGAGAGAGAAGCAUCAACUGAAAAUAUUUGCCUCAAGAAUAAUACCAAAAAGGGAAAAAAAUAAAAUAAAAAAAAAGAGCGAGCGAGAGCGAGCGUCCAUCAUCCACCAAUACAAAUGAACAUGCUACACAGUUUCAGUGGCGGCGGCGCCGGCAGCGCUGCCAACGCCUCAGGCGACGCCAACAGCGCCGAGGGCGAGCUGAAGGAGCGGCUGAUUGCCAGCGUGAAGAAGGAGGUCAAGCAGCUGAUGGAGGAGGCGGUCACCAAGAAGUACGUCCACGAGGAGAGCAGCUCCGUGACCUCGUUGUGUGGCGCCGUCGAGGCCUGUCUCAGUCACGGGUUGCGGCGGCGGGCGUUGGGCCUUUUCAAGACCUCCUCGACGACGGCGCUGAUCCAGAAGAUAGCCAAGAUCUGCCCGGAGGCGGACUACGUCAGCCGGCGGCUCCUAGAGCUGGAACUGGCCCAGGAGAGCCAUGCCGUGAGCGGCAAGCGCUCCUCCUCCAGCAGCGACAGCAUCAUCAAGCCGAAGCUCCUCAGCAAGGGCAGCGGCAGCAGCAGCUCCGUGACCACCAUCAACACGGUGUCCAAUGGGCCGGGCGGUGGCAAUACUCCGGGCGGAAUGGCCGCUCCCCUGGGCAAGUAUCUGUGGAUACGGCUGGCCCUCUACGAGAAGCGGCUGGCGAAGAUCAUCGAGCACUUGGUGGGCAACGCCAGCAGCUACUACGACCGGGAGGCGCUGGUCGCCGAUCCGGACUACGGCUCCAUACUGAGCUCCCUGCUGGUGGGGCCCUGCGCCCUAGAGUUCACCCGGGCGAAGACUGCCGACCACUACUGGUCCGAUCCCUGUGCGGAUGAGCUGGUUCAGCGGCACAGGAUCAGUUCCGGGAACAGGACACCACCCACCUGCCAUCGGCCCAUCAUCAACUUCAAGAGGAGCCUGCACACCAGCUCCGAGGACACCAGCAGCGGCAGCUUCAAGGCCUGCUCGCCGGCGAGCGUGGCCAAGGACUAUGUGGAGUCGCUGCACCAGAACUCCCGCACCACCCUCCUCUACGGCAAGAACAACGUCCUCGUCCUGCCCAAGGACGUGUCGGAGCCGAUGCCCGGCUACCUGAGCCUCCACCAGAGCAUCCAGUCACUUACCAUCAAAUGGACUCCGAAUCAGCUGAUGAACGGCUACUCCGACGGCGACAACAGCGACAAGAGCUUCUACUGGAGCUACGCCCUCAACAUCAACGUGGACGAGAUCGUGUAUGUCCACUGCCAUCAGAACCGGGGCGGGGACACCGGCGGCACCAUCAUCCUCGUCGGCCAGGACGGCGUUCAGCGGCCUCCGAUCCACUUCCCGGAGGGCGGGCAUCUGCAGGCCUUCCUCAGUUGCCUGGAAACCGGUCUCCUGCCCCAUGGCCAGCUGGAUCCGCCGCUCUGGUCGCAGCGCGGCAUCGGGAAGCUCUUCCCCUGGCCCAAGAGUGUGAGGCGCCACAUUCUGCCGUCGGUCAUGGAGGCUGGAUCAUCGAGCCAGGACGAAACGCCCAUCGAUUACGUCUUCCGUGUGGUCAGCAAGAGCCAGCACGAGGAGUUCUUGGCCACUCACCCCAUCCUGGAGCUGGGCCGCUCCAGUCCGCGGCGCAAGCACCUGGGCAGCUGCUCCACCACCGGGAGCAGCGACUGCUCCAGCAAGAGCCUCUCCAUCGACCAGAGCACCUGCGAGACGCCGCUGAUGCAGGCCAGCCAGAGCACGAGCAUCGAGCUGGUCUGCUCCACGAUGAGGCGCCAGAUCAUCUCCCGGGCGUUUUACGGGUGGCUGGCCUACUGCCGCCACCUGUCCACCGUGCGGACGCACCUGUCGGGCCUGGUGAACGGAAGGAUAAUGCCGGACUUGGCUGCGGACGAGGAGGGCCUGACCCGGGACAAGUGGCUGGCCAUGCACGAGGACGGGGUGGUCACCAGCGAGCUGGAGUUCUACCGGCUGGUCUACUUCGGCGGCGUGGCGCCCGACCUCAGGAAGGACGUGUGGCCGUAUCUCCUCGGACACUAUGCCUUCGGCUCCACUCCGGAGGAGCGGAAGAAGCAGGACGAGACCUGCAAGCACUACUACGAGACGACGAUGAGCGAGUGGCUGGCCGUGGAGGCCAUUGUGCGGCAGCGGGAGAAGGAGAAGACGGCCCUGGCGGUGGCCAAGCUGAGCGCCGAGCAGGCCCGGCAGGCGGCCAAGAGCUCCAGCUCCCUGGAUCCCCGCCAGAAACUCACCAACGGCUGCCGGCAGUUCGAUCUGGAGCAGGAGCGGGGGCAGGUCCAUCACGAGGGCGACGAGGACGACAUUAACCUGGUCCUCGAGGAGGGAGAGAACGAUGUCUUCGACGACAAUGACUUCUCCGAUAUAUCCGAUCCGGGGGACUUGUUCGACGAGCCGGAGCUGGGCCAGGAGGCGGAGGAGCAACAGGACUCUGGGGCUAAAGAUGAGGACAAGCCAGAGCUGGAUAACCCGGAGGAGGAGCGCGUCAUCCCUCAGCUGAGCGAGCAGCUGGUCCUGGAGUUCCAGAACAUCGACGGCAUGGAGCCGCUGCGUCUCCAGGAGAACUGCUUCGGCGACUCCGAGCCGGAGAACGAGCUGGGCCUCAGUCUGGACGGCAGUGGCAACAUCCUGAUGCUGAGCAUCAAGUCCUCCCCCUCCACCAGCAGCUAUGAGACGGUCGGCAACGAGUUCGCCGAUCUCGUGGAGGGGAAACUGCCUGAGGAGGAGGGGGAGCCUCUGGGCCAGCUGAGCAAGUUCCACAGCGCCGAUGACGUGCGGUCCCCGGAGGACCUGGAGCCGGAGGAGGAGUCCAGCCAGCCGGCCACGGCGGUCAUCAUCACGGAGGCCGCCUCCCUGGACGCCCUGGACGACGAUCUCACCGAGGAGUUCACUUCGCGCAAGACCAGUCUGAUGUCGCCGCUGAACGAGGACAUCACCGUGGUGGCCUCCCUGGACGCCCUGCAGGAGCCCAAGUCCGCUUGCGUCUCCCCGGCCAGCUCCAACGGUGGCGUCUACAGCGUGGAGCUCCUGGAGCAGUUCGGCCUCAAUCUCCACCGGAUCGAGAAGGACGUGCAGAGGUGCGACCGGAACUACUGGUACUUCGCCAACGAGAACCUGGACAAGCUGCGGAACGUGAUCUCGACGUACGUGUGGGAGCACCUGGACGUGGGCUACAUGCAGGGCAUGUGCGACCUGGUGGCGCCGCUCCUGGUCAUCUUCGACGACGAGUCCCUCAGCUACAGCUGCUUCUGCAAGCUCAUGGAGCGGAUGAUCGAGAACUUUCCCAGUGGCGGGGCCAUGGACAUGCACUUUGCCAACAUGAGAUCGCUCAUCCAGAUCCUGGACUCGGAGAUGUACGACCUGAUGGACUCGAACGGGGACUACACGCACUUCUACUUCUGCUACCGCUGGUUUCUGCUCGACUUCAAACGGGAGCUCGUCUACGACGACGUCUUCGCCACCUGGGAGGUGAUCUGGGCGGCCAAGCACAUCGCCUCCGGGCACUUUGUCCUCUUCCUGGCCCUGGCCCUGCUGGAGACCUACCGCGACAUCAUCCUCUCGAACAGCAUGGACUUUACGGACGUCAUCAAGUUCUUCAAUGAAAUGGCGGAGAGGCACAAUGCCCAGUCUAUCCUGCAGUUGUCCCGGAGCCUGGUCCUCCAGCUGCAGACCAUCAUCGAGAACAAGUAAGGAGGAGAUCUACGGAGAGUAGAUCUACAGGCACCUGGAGACCCGCACCCCUUAGAGAAUGCAAUUUUUGGAAGGACCUCCCUCGCCGGAGGCUCUCCCAACACUAAUUUAAAUUUUAAAAUUGAAUUUUUUUGUGAAAACGGCUGGGAAAUCGCUUAGAAACCAAAACAUUUUAGAGAAAAAAACAAAACAAUUUAAGGAAAUUAAGGAAAUUGUAGUGACCUGAGACCUGAAAACAGAAAACAGAAAACGGAAAACGGAAAUCGAACAACGUAACAGAAAUAGAUACUAUUUAUACUUAUACAUUAUAGUACUAUAAUAUUAUAUAUCGAUAUAUAUAUACACAUAUAACAUAUAAUAUAUACACUGUGAGAGAGAGGAGAGGAGAGGAUGGGGGCCCCCGAUAAAUAUUAUAUUUAUACGUUUUGUAUAAUCGAUAAAGUUCGAUAGAAUCGAUAGGCGAGAGGAUAGCGAUCUGCGCAAGAGAUCGAAUAUAUAUAUAUUGGAUAUUUGUAUUAGAUACCGUCUAUAUACUGACCCUAUAUGGAUUGCAAUGCUGUGCGGUUGCGGAGGCGGCCAAAACUGUUGUUAAUGUUUACGAUUAUGUUAUCGGUCUGGCUAUCGAUUAAUCAGAUACACACAGACACACACACACAUAUAUAUGAGAUAUACUAUUAUUGUUUGUAGCUUGAAGCGGGGCGGAGAGGCUAAGAGUUAUCUAUAUACAUUAUAGAUCCUGAUUCCAAGUUGGCGUUACAUACUAUGGCAUAUACAUACAUAUAUUAGAGGGACAAAAUAUUUAUAAACAUAUACAUUAUAUACCCAAAAGGAGCAUAUACUGGAGGGAGGUGGGGCGUGGAAGGGAGAGUCUAAGUAUCUUUCCGUCUCUGGCCAAGUCUCAGGCCAAGUCUCCCACUUGUUUCUCUCAGUGUUGUUGUUUUUUUGGUAAGUGCAGGCGCACCAAAAAUCCAAUCCCUCCACUGGGCUACAGCGCUAUAUACUAGAUAUAUACCAGAUAUAUACUACUAUAUACUAUAUAUACGAUAUAUUGCGAGUAGCACGCUUUUUGUGUAUAGAUACAGAGAAAAAAAAAACGAACAAAAACGAAAAAAAAAACUUAAUGUGAUUUCUUGUUGCUUCUUUGAAUAUUGUUAUUUUUGUAAGCGCUAAAAAAAUAUAUAUAUAAUAUACACUUGGAGAAAAAGAGUUGAGUUUAGAGAGAUAUAGAAAGAGAUAUAUUUUACACCAGGGGCGGUGGGUAUCUGUACGGAAGAGGGAUCACGAAGUCAAGUCCCAGAGACACACACUUUUGAUACACAUUUUCGAUUCGACUUGCGAUGAGAACACAAUACUGUAUCGUAAUCAAGCUAAGCUAACGUCUAUAUACUAAAGUAUAUACCACACACACACAUACAUACAUAUAUUAUAUAUAUAUAUAUAUAUGUAUAUAUAUAUUUAUAUACCCCCGUCUGUGUAGAGACGCCACCUAUAGAGCCCGCGCAUAUAGUCUAUUACGGUAAACCACGAUUGUAGCCACAUAUAUAGCAUACUGCAUGAAUUAUAGGGAUCUCCCAGUCUCACAGAUCCCAUCAGGUUGGCAGGAUACACUGGGAAAAAUAACAGAGCGAUCAAUGUAUAAUUUACCGAAGACAUCGACACAAAAACAUGAAAUAAAGGAGAAUUAUGUAAAAUGUUUACAAGAAAAUAGGGCACUUGUUUUCUUUAUAGAAGGGAGGG